UUGUAUCAAUGAAGCAUAACAUUGAGUAGGCAUACGCAUCAAAAGCCUUGGAAAAUAAGCGCACAAAGGCUUAGACUUUGGGCCAGUUGGAUAGUGUUUGAGUGUAAUAAGCAUGUCUUGCCAGCGUCGCUGUUGCAUUUGCUCCUGAAUCGUUUAUUCAACCAUUUGGGCCAGUCUCAGGAGGACUACAGACCGCAGGCACGUACCAAGGUAUACUAUCACACUCAAAUGGCAAAUAUUCAGAUGAGUCCCAAAGAGGAGCUGUUGGAGCGAUUCCUGGAUUAUGCUUCCAGGGGAGACCUGGCAAAACUCUCUGGGAUGAUCUCUCAUUCCAGCUUUUUGGUCAAUGAAAGUGGGGAGAAUGGCUGGACUGCGUUGAUGCUAGCUGCAAGGAAUGGACACACUGAUAUUGUAGACAACCUACUUUCAAAUGGGUGUGAUAAGUUUUUAGUCAAUAAAUCUGCUCAAACUGCUUAUGACAUUGCCAAAUUCUGGGGACACCGACAUAUUGGCAGGUUAUUGGCAAAGACUGAGAACAAAUGUCAACGGAUUCUACCCAACGACAGAACGGAAGAGCAUGAAAACUACUUCAACAGAGAAGUUUUCAACAGAAUGAGUGAAAAGAGGCCUGACAGCAAGUGGCUAGAAGCAAAACAGUCUUCUCCAGACACAGUGUUCAUCUUGUUCUUUAACUUGAACCCUCUUGUGUCUGCUUCCGAGGAGAGCAACACAGCCCAUCCAGGUAUAAAACUGUGUAGACUUGAUGCAAGCUCGGUUAAUAAAGAACUACUUCAAAAAUCUGGAACAACAGUCAUCUUCCUCGGGGUAGAGAAGCAGAGAAGCUCCUCAUCCUCUCCUCCAAAAGAAGGGAAUGAACCCACUGCUUGGUUUGCUCUCAAUACUGAUGACAAUCCCAUGGAUCAUCUCCAACUCACCAAUCCAAAUAGCUUCUUCCUCAAACCACCCAUGCCAGGUCUUCUGAAACUUAGUGAGGCUGAGGCUGGAAUCAUUGCUCAAGCCAGCUCUGUCCUCGCUUGGCACAACCGAUACAGCUUCUGCCCAACAUGUGGGAGUAACACUAAUGUGGAGGAAGGAGGCUAUAAGAGGACCUGCUUCAACAAAGACUGCAGAAGCCGACAAGGCAUCCACAACACUUGUUACCCACGAGUUGAUCCUGUGGUGAUCAUGUUGGUCAUUCACCCAGAUGGCAACCAAUGCUUAUUGGGCAGAAAGAAGACUUUUCCUGCUGGGAUGUUUUCAUGUCUUGCUGGAUUCAUUGAACCAGGUGAGGCCAUUGAGGAUGCAGUAAGGAGAGAGACGGAGGAGGAGAGUGGGGUCAAAGUGGGUCCUGUUCAGUAUGUGUCCUGUCAGCCCUGGCCAAUGCCCUCCUCACUAAUGAUUGGUUGCCUGGCUGUUGCCAUGUCAACAGACAUCAAAGUCGAUGAAAAGGAAAUUGAAGAGGCUCGUUGGUUUACACGGCAACAGGUUAUAGAUGUCAUUGUCAAGGGAACAAAACCAGCCUUUACCAUGCCACCAAGACAGGCCAUUGCACACCAGUUGGUGAAACAUUGGAUUGGUAUGAGCUCAAAUCUUUAAACCUAAUGAAGGGCACUUCUCCAGGAUGGAUUACACCACUAAAUGUAAUUUAUAAUGAAAUACAAUAGAUACAUCUAUUAAUUAAUUAUCAAAACAUUCUCAUGUCUGAUUUUCCAUCCAAUCAAAGUAGUGUUUACUAUAUCACAUUUAAGACAUUUUAAUGGUUGUGUAAAAUUGGCAUAAAGUGGUCAAAGUAGAUUUGAUUUUAUCUCCACUAUUCCACUGUGCCUUAGAUAUGAACACGACUAAUCUAUAAUUUUAUAUGGAAUACUUUUCAUCAUUGCAGUAUUUUAAUUGGAUAAAAGUAUGUCAAGAAAAAGUAGGCAUUUUAAAGGGAUAAUUGACCCCCAGAAAAAAAUGAAACUCCAGUCAAUUUUGUGAAAGCCUAUGUUCUAUCAGUGAGUACAAUAAAAAUCUUCCCCGUGAUUUAA